AUAUUCACACACCCACACUGCUCACAGACUCCCGCCGAGCUGUAAGUACGCGCUGCUUCAUCUCUGCGUCCUCUGCGCGCACGCCUGAGCUCCAAAUCAGGACCGAAGCAAGAACCCGCCGGAACCAGUGGCGAGCAGGAGGACACUGGAAUAUGGGAUCUAACGCGAUGGACAGUAUGAACCUGUCUCAGGAUCAAAUUGCUAUCCUGGAGGAGAAUUUCAACAAAGUCAGCAAGCAUCCGGACGGCACGACGCUCAUGCUGAUCGCAGCGGAGUGCGGACUGUCAGAGGAGGAAACACAAAAAUGGUUCAAGCUACGUAACGCACAGUGGAGGCAGUCAGAGGGUCUUCCAGCUAAACAGGGAUCUGUGCUGGACUGAGAUUUUCCAACCACCUCUUUGGAUGCAGGGAGCUACUUCCUUCUGGACGAACUGACUUCCUCUCCUAUUCCUCACAUGCUUCCCUCUCUGUUUGUUUUUGUAUCUUUGAAGCUGUUUUAUCUUACAGAAUGUGAAGGUGUUUGUGUGCUGCCAAUAUAUCUGCCAUGUUUACAGAAAUAAACAUAUUAUUAUUGUAAGUUAAA